GCCCUAGUGUGAGUGAGAGAGAGAGAGAGAGAGAGAGAGUGAGCAGUAGGCGAGACACACUCGGCUAAUAUUUUGCUAGGGAAAGAAAGCGUUUUGAAAAACAAAGCAGUAAAAUGACUAAAUUAGACGAGUUAAACGUGUUCCUGAGUGAGAGACUGUCGGCGGCGGUGAAUGAGAUUCUCGACACAGUGAGCAGGAUGAUGCAGGAGUACGAGGAGGAAACGGCUCGGAUACGCAAAGAGAACGACUAUCUGAAGGAAAUGUUAAAGCUCACAGGAUGCACUUUUACACACACCAACCCGGGUGGGGUCCCUUCUGUGUCUCUUGGAAAACAAGAUGACAUCUCAAGCUUGCAGCAGGAAUCAGAGCCCCAGGAGAGCCUGAGUCAACACCGAACAGCAAAGAAAGAAAAUGCAAGCAUAAAAUCAGAACAUCCCACCCCUCAGUACCCUGCACAUUCUGACUCCGAGUCUGAAACCAGGCCGACAGACGACACUGUGGAACCUCCCCAGUGCACCUCUCUGUUAAACUCACACGCUGUUGAUCAAGACGUGAUAGACUUUGAUUUUCCCAUAAAAGUCAAAGUCGAAUCAAUGAAUAUAGAGUCACAUUCAGGCGAUACCACAGACAAUAUGGAUGCCAGCAACCAGAGCUGGUCUCCACAGAACUGGGAUCUGUUUUCAGAAAGAAAUUAUCAGAAUAGAGUACAACAAGGAGCUGGUGUGCAUCCAUACAGCACGGAAGGUCCUCGCUCUGCAGAAACCACAAUUCAAAACCAGCCUGUAGAGUUCCAGGCAGCGUUCAGCUACACAAACAGGACCAUAUGCAAUAACAGGCUGCACUGUACCAGCAGACACUGUGAACUUCAGAAAAGGACCACGUCGAAGUCGAGCCCUGUGUGGCAGUAUUUCUCACUCAAAGAGGGUGACUGUAGUAAGGCGGUGUGUCUGAUGUGCAAGGCGGUAAUAUCUCGUGGAGUUAAAGAGUACACAACAUCAGCACUGUUAAAACACCUCCGUAUGAAACAUGGCAAAUGUUGAUUUUUUUUUUUUGUAAUUUUGUACUCUUGAAUCAGUAGCUAGGUUUACGAUUACGAAGAAAGAAAAUAGGACAAUGUGUAUGAAUGACACCAGUCUCUAAUGUAGCAAAUGAAAACUGUACUGACCAAAUGUAGUUCAUUUAAUUUGCAAUGCUCCUUUCACUUCAUUUUGACUGAUAAUGCAGACCUGAGCUGGCUCAAUACCAUCCCAUGGUUUUACUGAGAUACACCUAUAACAGAUAAAAACAACCUAAAUAUGCAUAAGUUCUUCACUGGUUAUAUACAGAUUGGUGGCAAAUUAAAGGAAAAAGAGUUGGCUUUGACUGUUAUGUAUUAGGAGCAUUUUGCUUGUAUGGUUUGGGCAAUGCAAUACAGAGUUCUUCUGACUGAUCACCUUUAUCCUAUGAUGAAACAUUUCUAUCCUGACAGGAGUGGUCUCUUCUAGGAUGACCCCGCCCCCAUCCACCAGGGCUCACUGAAUGGUUUGAUGGGUAUGAAAAUAAUGUAAAUCAUAUGCCAUGGCCCUCCCAGGCACCAGAUCUCAACCAAACUGAACACUUCUGGGGGAUUUUGGAGAGAUGUGUUAGACAGCGCUCUUCAUCACCAUCUUUCAAACACCAACUGAGAUAAUCUUUUGGAAGAGUGGUGUUCAUCCCUCCAGUACGGUUCCAGAGACGUGUAGAAUCAAUGCCAAGGUGCAUUGCUGUUCUAGUGGCUCAUGGGGGCCCAACACCUUACUAAGACACUAUUAUUUUUUCCUUUAAUUUGUCACCAGUUUAACCAGUUUAUAGUUCCAUCUUGGGUAUCUGAGGUGAUGAGAAAACCUCACAUAGUAAAAGUGAUCUAGAAUCAGUUUGUAUUUUCAAUACCCUAGUCAAUAUUGUUACUUGGAUCAGAGAGGUUGUUCCUGGGUCGGCAUUGUUACUGAUACAAUUCAUUCAUAUCCAAAACAUGUUCAUAACAUAAAAGCUAAAAUAAUAGCUGCACUGUAUUUUUUUUUUUCUUCAAAAGAUGUUUAAGAGCAGGUGAUUAUAAAGUCCAGAAAGUUAUAAUGAUAACCUUGACCCAUGAUAUGUGAAUUUGUGUUUUGUUUUCAUGGUAUAAUUUUAAAAUGCUUUGGACUUUGUAAUUUGUUAUUCCAGGAAUAAACAGCAGUCAUGUGGGAUGCAAA